GGACUUGUGAGACGGCACUCGCAGAUAUGCCAAACAAUACACCUCUGCUUCAAUGUGAACCUAACCCUAGCGACCACUGUAUACAGGAAGAAAUUCCUGCGCCAUCUGCAAUGACGAACGACAUCAAUGGGUUCAUGGAGUGCUUCAAAAGCCAACAUAGUACUCUCAUUAGCGUCUCCGUCGUCCUCCUAUACCCAUUCUAUACCAUGAUGCAGAUGCCGGUGAUCAAGGCGUGCAGAGCAUUCAGGAUCGUUGGAGGUGCUGUUUGCAUGCUCGAUAUCAUUUGCCUGUGCCUCUCAAUUGGCCUGCGACUACGCGCAUGGGCCGUGGUGCGUGAGGGCAAAGCGGAACAAUUUAUGAAGGACAUUUUCAACGUGCGUAACGGGCCUUCUCGACGAGAAGCCGCUAUCGUCCUCAACGCUCCUUAUUUCCUUAUGUCCGCCACCAUGUUUCUCUUCGCGAUUGAGCUCGUUGGCUAUGUCUGGCUCUCGAUCCCUUGCGACCCGGCAGAGCUCGAGGUCCCUCCUCUUGAUAUCGCUGAGUCCGUGCUCUUGCAAGUCGCUGCGUCUGUGGGCGCCGCGUUUUGUGGCCGGAGCUUCAGAACUAUCCGGCAACUGGGUAACGCCACAGAGUUGGUGCCUGAAGCAGCCGAUCCUGUUACUGCCGCGCAGGAGAAAGUUUAGAGUCCUGUCUAACACCAUCUCCACACUUCUCGAUACAAGCAUAUCGAACGAGUUACGCAAUCAUAUUUCACCUCCGCAUCGCCAAUUCACGACAGUGGUCAAACUUCUUCUAGCGCCGUUAUCUUAUUCGUGAUGUAGAUACACCUACCACCUUGCCUUGCCACGGUAAUAUUCACGCCCACAUUAGCGAUAAGAUUUAUACCUUACUUCACGAUGAGAGCUUGCUCAGUUAAGCCCCAUUAGCUGAGAUACUCUGACGAUUGACGGAAUGCACGAUUACUAUACUAUGCACUCAAAGUAGAAAUGUCUUUCUUAUCCCUGACUUACUCGCUCCAAGAGCCCCUCUCUCUCCUCCCUCGUCUUAUGUACCUUUUGGCCACCCCUAUUUCGCCAUUGAUCGCGCCC